AUGGCUGCCUGCACGGCCCACAAGAAAUCGCGUUCUCUGAGCCUGCGCGUUGAUACACGGCCCUCGCCACUCCCGUGCACCGAGCCCUACACGCCUUCUCAGAGCGAGCGCCUUCUACGCGACAUCGCCUCCCGCGACCGUGCGGCACAAUCUCCGCGCAUGCGCGCACGCGAGGAAAUUCAGAGGGACCAGUCUCGGUCGCCAUUUGAGGCGCGCGACAGUGCCGCCGGCAGCUAUCUCUUUUGCACGUCCCUCGCCCCGCCGGCCACAAUAUCCGACGCCGACAGCAGGGCAAGCAGCAGCACAAGACGCCCAAGCAGUCGCGCGCGUACGUAUCGGUCGGGCAGCGAGAGUACGGCCUCGCUUGGUCCUCGGACACAGGAUGGCAUCGACAUCCGCGCCCGGCUCGAGCGCAUGCUGCUCGAGGACUGCUGUGGGCCCGAGGACCGCCCGCAGUGCUCCCGGUCGCGCCCCUCGACGCCGCGCGUCCCGCAGGUCAUUGGCAGGCCGCUGACCCCGGACGUGUCGGCCACCACGUUCUCGACGCGCGGCGGCGCGUAUCUCUAUAACACGGAGCGCCCGUCGCGCGUCAACACCCCCACGCCCGAUCGGUACCGGCCGCUGCAGCAGCACUCCCUUCCACUUCCAGUUAGGCAGUCUGUCGCGGCGCCUGCUCCCCGCCGGUUCACCACGGGCUCGCGUCGCCUCCCGGAUCACUGCCCCACGUCACCUCUUGCUCAUGCCACUUUCGCCAGUCCUAUCCCGGACGCAGAUGAGCACGGCUACAUGAUGUAUGCGUCCCCACCGGGCUCGACUCCACCCUCAGUCGCUUCCUCAAAGCACUCCACCCCUGCGUCGUCGGCGGUGCAGACGCCGCAUUCGUCCACAUCAUCUCUCGAGCAGGAUCCGGCAUCAGUUCACCGGGAGCCAUCUGUCGAGCGGCUGCCGAAGCGCGGGCUGUACGAGAGCGCGCGCAGGCGGCCCGGCUUUGACGCCGACGAGGCCUCGCGGCGGCUCGCCUCCGUCGAAGGCUAUGUCAGCUUCCAGAGCGUCGAGGGCCUGGGCGCGCCGCCGGACUGUGCGAACGAGGAGCAGGAGGAGGAGAGCUCCAAGCGCAUGAUCCAAGCACAACCGUGGCGAUGGCUAUGGUAG